CGCAGAUACAUGCUUCACUUCAAGAAGGACAAUGACAACACUCAGUUAUAUGUUGCUCUUAUUUGUCACACUGGACAUUUUUCAGACUGUUAGCCUUGGAAAGUCUGGAGUGACCACUAAUGUCACAUGUUCAUUAAAAAGUAAUAUCAUCAGAUGGGACUGGACACCCAGAUUUCCAAUGUGCUCUGAAACCAUGGGCUCAAAUAUAAAGAUUUUUGAUGUGGCAAAGGGAAAAGUUGCACUGAAGAGAUUCGUCCAUAGACUGAAACUGCUUGAGAAUUCUACACUCCAGAUCAAACACCCCUUCUCAAGUGAUUCUGGCUUAUUUACUUGCGUUAGCCACAAUGGUGAAACAAGCAAAACUGAAAUUCAGAUUGAGCCUGGCUGUAAGAAUAAUGUAUUGCUGGAAAAGCAUUCAGCAAGCCAUUCACUGACCCUAAAGUGUUCAUUAUGUAAGACCACACCAAUCUAUGAGCUUAACAGAUUUGAAUGGAAAUUAAAUAACACUCCAGCAACAAAUAUAAAGGGUGUCAGUGUAUCAAUGAACGGAGACAUUUUGGAAAUACACAGCACUCAAAAAGUCAGUCCCGGAAAGUGGAUUUGCAUCUUUUCUCUAAAUACCUUAUGGUUUGCAGAGUAUUGUAUGGAUGAAGAUAAGGAAGACAAGGAAAUUGAUACGGAUAAUAGGAUUGGUGGUCUACAGGUUCUGCAGAUUGUGGGUAUCAUACUUCUGGCCAUAAUCCUGGUAUUAGCUGUAAUUGUAAUUGCGUUCCUGUAUAAUAAAUUUGCUGUCAGAAAAGGAGAAACAUAUCAACUCACAAAAGAUGACAAUGCAGAGAUUGCAAUAAUACAGUCAGAUGCUUCAAGGACCGACCCCAUGUUGGAGGCUCCAUCAGAACUAAACUACAUGACCAUUAUGUUUUCAGAAAACCAAGCUACUGCAGUUGCAUUGGGACGCCCAAAUGUUUAUGCUUCUCUCAAAGUUAAAUAAUUAACCCUCUUCAAAGUGUACCAGAACACGUUACUCAAUGGGGGUGGCUUUUUAACUUUGAACUUGUACUGCUGAUUGUGCCGCAGACCAGAAUUAAGCCAAGUUAGUAGCAUCCUCCCUGUUGCAGUAUCUCAUUGAGGCAGCGUUGUAUGGUAGACUACUACUGUGUUUUUAUUCAGGUUCAGGAAGUCUCACCACAGAUAUUGAUUUGUCCACUUAUAAUAUCUCUUUUUUCCUCCUUAGUUUCUGUAAGUUCUCCCCAUCAAAAGCAAAAUUGUAUAUUCUGUGGAGAACCACAUGAAAAACAUGGCCUGUAUGUGGUGGUAACUUUGAUAUAGAGCUUUCUAGAAUGCAUUAGCAUCAGCUACUGAAUCCUAACUGAAAACAACUACACAAAUUGCACACAUUAUUUUAUUAUGUUUAUGCUUAUCACUUACAUCAACUUGCAAGUGCCUAUGCUGUUUGAAAAAUUAUAACAGCACUUGCUUGGUAAUAGAAAAGUAAUAAUCAUCUGCCUAAGCAAGUGUAAAGGGUAAACAAUAAUCAAUCAGUGGGAGUGAGGAACAAGUGGAAAAUAAAAAAAAAAUGACAAAAGUUGGCUUUUUAAAUUAUUUGUAACCUGCGGGCUAUCUAUUUUUAAACUUUUUGUGCUGAAUGAGCUGAUUUGACUGCAUGCUACAUUCACUGGAUUUGGAAUUACUGUGCUGCAUUAAAUGGCCGAGUGUCCGCACUCUACUUGUUUAAAGUAUGAUCAACUCUCUGCUAAGGAGCUCCACCCAUCACAUUACCCAGGGGCUUGUUGGGAUCUUCAUCCCGCCUUGGUUACCACACUGGGUGACACCAACCCUAGUGAUGCACUGGUUCAAAGGCAUCAUCUUCAUGGUCUGCCAUCUGUUAUUGUUUCUUGACAUGCCAUCAAUAGUUCUUGUACAAAAUUGUACAUAUUCAAUGCUAAGUAUUGUAAAAUAUAAAAUGUUUUUUGUAUGUAUGUUUAUUAACACUUCUGCUACUAAAAAUCAUACUAAU